AUCCGUGAGGUAGAAAACAGCUAAAUUAGAGCCAAGAGAGAAAAUUAGCGUUAAAUAUGAUUGUUUUUCACCCUGUCAUUGGAAAACGGGGAAAGCACACAACUGGAUACGAGUGGUGUUGCUGAAAAGUUGUGAAAAGCUCCACGGCAGUGCAACUUAUAUCAUGUCUGGUAAUGUUAUAUUGUAUUCAUUGCCUGUAUUUGGCACUUAGUAUUAAUACCUGCCGCACCAGCGUUAACAUUAUUUAAUAUAUCGGUUAGUGUAUAUGGGCUUCUGCCACAACAACACUGUAUAUGUUUUAUAAACCAUUAACUGUCCUUUUAUAUUCCUUUAAACCGCCUCACCAAACUAUUUGAUUUACCUGGCUUUGCAAGUGGUCUGGUCUCCUUGAUAUAAAUCAAAUUCACAAAUGGCGAAAGAAGAAGACAUUUCCAAAUGGAGCAGAACAAGGGACCCAUCAUCACUACGACAUAGGAAAACAUGUCCCUCAUCAGGAGAAAGUCUGCAAAACCAAAUCAGCAGAGCGUCAAAAGAAAAGGACAGUAAAGCUGACAGGUCGUCGGACGAGGACGGACAGUCUUCAAAUGGCUCUUAUGCUCCGUUUUUGCACUGCAAAAGUCAUGCGUCACAGAUUAAAGUGCUUCUUAUUCUAGUGAUGGGGUUGUCUUUCUCCACACGCCUUUACAAGAUAACAGAACCUCCUCAUGUUUGUUGGGAUGAAACUCACUUCGGAAAGAUGGGGAGCUACUACAUCAACAGAACCUUCUUUUUCGAUGUCCAUCCGCCUCUUGGAAAGAUGCUGAUCGGCCUCGCCGGUUAUAUGACCGGAUACGAUGGCACCUUUCCCUUUAUAAAGCCAGGAGACAAAUAUGAACACCACAUCUACUGGGGGAUGAGAGGGUUUUGUGCCAUCCUGGGAUCCUUCCUCCCAGUCUUUGCCUACCUCAUAGUGCUGGAACUGUCUCGGUCCUACACCGCUGCUCUCAUCACAGCCACUCUUCUCAUAUUUGACACAGGUUGCAUCACCAUCUCCCAGUACAUCCUGUUAGACCCCAUACUAAUGUUCUUCAUCAUGGCAGCAGUGCUGAGUAUGGUCAAGUUCAACCAGCAAAGUUGCAGGCCUUUCACUGCCCCCUGGUGGCUAUGGCUGGUACUGUGUGGUGUAAAUCUUGCUGGGGCUCUUGGGGUGAAGUUUGUGGGUCUCUUUGUUAUCCUUCUGGUGGGACUGAACACAAUCCUUGAUCUCUGGGAUCUUUUGGGAGACCUGACUCUCUCACUGAUGAAUAUUGCAAAGCAUUUCCUGGCUCGGGUUGUUGGACUCAUCCUGCUCCCACUCUUCCUCUAUGUUACAAUGUUUGCACUCCACUUUGUUGUGUUGAACAAAAGUGGACCAGGUGAUGGUUUCUUCAGUUCUGCCUUCCAGUCCCGUCUAAUCGGGAACAACUUGCACAAUGCAUCCAUGCCCGAGUACCUGGCAUAUGGCUCCACGGUUACAGUGAAAAACCUCCGCAUCGCUGGAGGUUAUUUGCACUCUCACUGGCACUUGUACCCAGAAGCAGUUGGAGCACGGCAGCAGCAGGUGACAGCCUAUCUGCACAAGGACUAUAACAACCUGUGGCUGGUUCACAGACAAAAUGAUAAUGAUGCUCAAUCUGGGAGCCCUGAUCUGGUUCGUCAUGGGGACGUCAUUCGAUUGGAGCACAAAGAAACAACUCGUAACCUGCACAGUCACCUCCAUGAAGCUCCUCUGACAAAGAAACACUUCCAGGUUACAGGCUAUGGAACUAAUGGGACAGGAGACGCUAAUGACCUGUGGCGGGUGGAGGUGUGUGGAGGCCAGAAGGGUGACCUGGUGAAAGUGCUGCGGAGCAAAGUUCGCUUUCUGCACACAGCUACCGGCUGCAUGCUUUUUUCCUCUGGAAAGACUCUCCCAAAGUGGGGCUGGGAGCAGGUGGAGGUGACCUGCAGCCCCUACCUGAAAGACACUCCAAGUUCUCAGUGGAACAUCGAGGAUCAUAUCAAUCCCAAAUUACCCAACAUUAGUCUGUCUGUGUUAAAGCCCAGCUUCCUGGAAAUCUUGCUGGAGUCCCACAUAGUUAUGAUAAGGGGUAAUAGUGGCUUGAAACCUAAAGACAAUGAAAUGAACUCCAAGCCUUGGCACUGGCCCAUCAACUACCAGGGACUGAGAUUUUCAGGAGUUAAUGAGUCAGAAUAUCGCGUCUACCUGCUGGGGAACCCUGUGGUCUGGUGGAUAAAUCUGGCCAGUUUAGGGUUGUAUCUCAUCAUGGCUGCAGCGGCAGCAAUAGCCAUUCAAAGAGGUUUCUCCCUGGGCCACAAAAGAAGAGAGCAUUCAUAUGUGCUCAUGAGAGGAGGAGGACUGCUGCUCCUCGGCUGGCUGCUUCACUACGUCCCCUUCUUUACCAUGGGCCGUGUCCUUUACUACCACCACUACUUCCCAGCAAUGCUCUUCAGCAGCAUGCUAACAGGACUUACAUUGGACAUCCUAUUUCGAAGUGCCGACCUGCUGAUCCAUCCACCAUUGUGUGAUUGGUUGCGGAGAGGCGGCUGGCUGGUACUGCUAUUCAGUGUUGUUUACAGUUUCUACCUGUUUCAUCCGCUAUCCUAUGGCAUGACGGGUCCUCUAGCACACGAGCCGGGCAGCACCAUGGCUGGCCUGAAGUGGAUGGAGUCGUGGGAGUUCUAGUCAGCUCUGCAAGGACAUGACACAAAACCUGUGGUGUACAUCCACGGUUGCCAGUAUUAUGGACACAAAGCAGUUUGGACUUCAAAGGUAUUACAAAGGAAUAAUUUUGAUAAGGUACUCACUAAAACUCUGCGUGUCCAAGUAUCUGUGUCACAACAUUUAAUGCUCUGUAGACCAUCAAAAAUAAAGGAUGCUUGAUAAGACGGACUUGAAUUACUACAAUGUGAAAGACAAAGUGUGGUGAAGUCUAUGAAAAGAGACUCAAAUUAACUCUGAGAUGCCUUGAGUGAUGAUAUACUGUAACUUCCAUCCAUAAUCAGCAAAAGUGCCUGAAAGGUAUUGAAAGAAAUCCUGAGAAGUUUAAAUGGUAUUCUUUCUUUAUUGUUGGUUUCAAAACAACUCAUACAGUUGCAUUUGUUUUUAUUCCUGUCAUGGUUAUAGUAUUUUGGUACUGUAUUCAGCUAUUUCUGCUGAGCUCCACUACUACUGACUGUCAUUGUUUACAUUUCAUUU